UCGCGAACGUAAAUAAACGACGUGACUCGCUCUGAUUCUUCCGCGAUCGCAUCGGGAGUCGCGACGAUGAUCGCUAUCGAUGAGAUGGAGCAGAGGGAUCUCCCACAGGCGUUCCGCCUGCUGGGAGAAAUGAAUGCCAAUGUCCUCCAAGUAAAUCAGCUUGUUGACAACAUGCUGGUACGCGUGAAGAAUGGCGAAAUCUCAACAGACAAAGGCCUCAGCUUCCUAGAAAUGAAGUACCACAUGCUGCUCUCAUAUCUUAUCAACCUGACCUAUGUCGUCCUGAGAAAAUGUUCCGGCGAGCGCAUUGAGGGUGACCCAUCGAUCGACCGUCUGAUAGAGAUUAGGACUGUCCUAGAGAAAAUCCGACCAAUAGAUCACAAGCUUAAAUACCAAAUAGAUAAGCUCGUCAAGACGGCAGUAACAGGCACCAUCAACAGCAACGAUCCCAGUAACUACAGAGCGAAUCCUGAUGCACUGGUUGCCAAGCUUGACAGCGAAGACUCGGAUAGCGAUCAGGAGGAAGAUGAGGACGAUGUCAAAUCAACGCAACAGUCCAGGAAAUCUAACGUUUACGUGCCGCCAAAACUCGCUGCAAUGCAUUAUGAUGGCGACGAAACAAUGGCGGAGAAGAUUCGCAAGGCCGGCGAAAGAGCUCGUAGACGUGCUGUGUCGAAUACGGUGCUGCGGGAACUGAAAGAAGAGUAUCUGGAUGCACCUGUGGAGGACAGUCAGGGUCUGGGCGAGAAGCGAGCGAUUCUAGUGCGCGAAGACAAGCGAAAGAUCGAAUAUGAAGAGAAUUAUAUGACACGUUUGCCCGUCACCAAGCAGGAGAAGCACAGACGUCGCCAGAUGACGACUCUGGGCACUCUCGGCGACGAGAUCACUACUUUCGGGGAGUCAUCCACCAAGACCGCCAAGAAGAGAAAAGCUCAAAGGAAGGGCAAGGCUAAAAAGAGUUUCAAGAAAAAACGGCAUCAUUAAGAGCAUGAUGAAGAAAUGACUCUGGGACUUUGGACGAGACCCUGGAGUUUCAUACAGCAUUAACGAUUAAGGUAAAAGGUAAAAAAAAAGAAAAAUAAAUUUACUCGACUUCUUCUUCGAAACAAAAGCAGAUGCCACUAAUACUCGUUAUUAAGUUAAGGUAAAGAUAACAUCGUAACAUCUAGUAAUAAAACAAGACAACGUGUGUCAACGGUGGAGUAAAAAUAGCACGAUGGUAAUUUAUUACUGUAUAAGACAUACUAAUGGUCGUGUAAUUGAUAAUUCUAGUUAAUAAUGAUUUUAAUCUUUAACUGUUGUCUGAGAGAUCAAUUUUGAUCUGUGGAGUUAAGAGACGAGAUCCAUCGAGGAAAUCGGUAUUUCACGUGAGUGUGAAUGCAAUGAGAAACAACGUCGACGUAACGAUGGCACAUACGAGCUUAAUGGAAAUUAUGUGUCGUAAUAGCGUAAUAUUGUAUUGUAAUGUUGGAUCGAGUAGCGAACUUAACGGCUCCAGGAUUGAAAAUUGUGAAUUACACGUAAAAGUUGAAAAGCAGAACAUUCUUCAUCUGCUUUAUUUUGAAAUAUUCUCCAGCUACAUAGGAACGGUGAAAGGGAGGAGGAAAUCAGUAAACAUAGCAGGAGAGACGAUAUUGAAUUAAUUGUUAACGAAAAGCGUAAAAAUCACAAGACAUUCACAGCAAAAAUACACAGAAGUUACAAAACUCGAGAUUUAGAAAGAAAAAAAAAAAAA